CCCACCGCCGCCCACCACUAACGUAGCACGCUAGUACGUAGCUCGUCUGUGCACUGCACUCAUGGCAGCUUCGCUGGGACUUACCGGCCAUGAGACCAGCUACCCGGCCCACCCGGCGGCCUCCUCCUUGUACAACUUCCAAGCCGGUGAUCCCUUCGCGGCAGCGGCGGGCGGUGCCGCGGAGCUGAGCUUCCCGGAGCUCGUGGACGCCGCUCGGCCCUCCGACUACUCGCUGCUUCCGGCGUUCGGCGCCGCUGGAGGCGAGGCGAUGAACAUGUACGAGCGGAGUGUUGUCUUCCCCAUGACGACCUCCUACUACUGCGACGGCGCCGGGAUGUUCGACGGCGACGCUUCGGCGAGGGCGAGAGGAGGAGGGAUCGGUGCUAUGGCGGGGCGGCCGUCGGGGAGGAUCGGGUUCCGGACUCGGUCGGAGGUGGAGGUGCUAGACGACGGGUUCCGGUGGAGGAAGUACGGCAAGAAGGCGGUGAAGAGCAGCCCCAACCUGCGCAACUACUACCGGUGCUCCGCCGAGGGGUGCGGGGUGAAGAAGCGGGUCGAGCGCGACCGCGACGACCCGCACUAUGUCCUCACCACCUACGACGGCGUCCACAACCACGUCACCCCCGGCAGCACGCCGAGGGCGUCCCCGGCGUACUCGGCGCCGGCGGCACCCGCUUGGACCUGGAGCGAGCUGCAUGCGGCGGCGGCGGCGGGGGCUCACUCCUCGGAGUCCUACUGAACUGAGCUACUGAUCGAUCAGUACGAGUACGUAGCUGUGGUUAGUUUUAUGAUCGAUUACGGUUCAGAAAUCUCACGGAUGCAUGUAUACGAUUUGUUGCCUUGAUGGUGGUGUGCCUGCCGUCACCGAAUAAUUCGGUCGCUUCCACGGCCAUUGUGCACGGUGGAAACGCCGAUCGACGGCAUGCAGUAUCUAUCUGUAAAAAGAAAAUAAAUUGGUGCACGAACAGGUUAACAAA